AUGUUCACUGCUUUGCGCACGCAAACAGAGAAUGACUUUGGUAUCAACGACACGUACACCGUUGAGGCGUUCGAGCGCUGGGCUUUGCAAAGCUUUCGGUCAGAUGCAGCUCAACCGGAAUUAGAUACACGAAGGUUACGCGAUAAAAAGGGUGGAGGUGCAGAUGAAUCAAUCAAUAACCAGGACCCUAUCUUUGCAG